CGCUAAACACUCUCAUCUUCUUCCUCUUGUUCAUCAUCCACAACUUAACAAUGCAGACUCUAAUGGAUCAGCUCAGACCCGAAUUCCCUCCUCCCUCUUUCGAUUCCCUCCUGCCCUCCAAUCGCACCUUACCCAAUUCCAGCCAAAUACCGGAAGGGGAAGCUAAGGAUGGUGUUGCUGCUAGGAAGAUGCAGAAGGCGGACCGGGAGAAAUUGAGGAGGGAUCGACUCAAUGAGCAUUUUAUGGAGUUGGGAAACGUGUUAGAUCCAGACAGACCCAAAAAUGACAAGGCAACCAUUCUAGCUGAUACAAUUCAAGUGCUAAAGGAUUUGUCAUCCGAAGUAGACAAACUUAAAACGGAUUGCACUUCGCUAACGGAAGAGUCUCGUGAGUUGACAAAUGAGAAGAACGAGUUGAGAGAAGAGAAGGCAGCUCUUAAAACUGACAUCGAAAACCUUAAUGCUCAGUACCAGCAGAGACUCAGGACCGUGUUCCCUUGGGGUGCUGUGGAUCACUCGGUUGUAAUGGCUGCACCUUCAUAUCCAUUUCCUAUGCCGAUGCCAAUGCCAAUGCCUCCAGGGUCAAUUCCCAUGCAUCCCCAUAUGCAGCCAUACCCUUAUUUCGGAAAUCAGAAUCCCGGUGUCAUUCCCAACCCCUGUUCAACUUUUGUUCCAUAUAUCACCCCUAAUACUCUGGUUGAACAGCAACACACCCCUUAUGCGUCUCCAGUUGUGCAUCCAGCAACUCAGUCUCAUGUUUCAGUCAAAAAAGAUUCUCGAAACAAAUCAUCUGGGGCGAGUAGAAAUGACAGAAGUGAAGAUUCUAAUGAUGUCACGACAGAUCUAGAAUUGAAGACUCCUGGUUCAACUGAUCAGGAUUUAUCACCAGUACAAAGAAAAUCUCAGAAGUCAGCAAGGAAAGAACUUAAGGGUACAGAAGGGAGUUCUUCAAGUAAAUGUUCCUCUUCUCAUAGUGCACAGGGUAGCUCAUCUAACAGCGUAGUUGGUGGCACAAAGGAUGAUGACUGAUAAAGGGAAAUGGAUACCACAAAACAGAACAAGGUGACUUUCUUGCAUGCAAAACAGGUAAAAAAGGAUUGCGACCCAUUUUCAUCGUAAUCUUUUUCUUGGCAAGAUAGGUAGUGUAAGUGGAAUCACGGAUGCUAAGAAUGUGAGUGACAAAUUUGUUACGAGAGCAGGUUCUUCCUUAGAUUUUUAGGUAAUGAUUUUGCAGCGUGG